AUGGCUUUGCUUACUCCCUUUUUCGUAAAAGUUUUAAGAAGAACAAAAAGAGCAUUUAAUCAGAUCAUCAAUUACUGGGAAAAAGAAAAAGAAAAUUUGGCCACUGUAAGAAAAUGGAUGUCUUACAGCCGGCUUGUUAAAUAUUUCUCAUUGCUUCUUGGUUUAACUAGUGCUAUUCUGGCUGUUCUCAAUAGGAAUCAGAAUGAAAAAAUUUCUAGCGCAGCUACUUCUUUCGCAGUAAUUAAUGGAGCAAUAAUAAUAACCAAUGAGUUCACCAAGGAAUUUGUUUUAGAACCAAUUAAAAAUAGAUUAGAAUUUAUUAAUUUGGUAAAUAAUUUGGGCUCACGUCUCAGGAGUAUCUAG